AUGCUAUGCAUUUCCGCGCUAUUUAUCACCACACGCAUCGUAUACAAACUCAUCUUCACUAUCCAAGACAUAUGGUGGGAUGACUACACUCUUAUCCUCACAUUUGCCCUGAGCAUCGCAGGCACAGUCGUGUCCGACCUCGGCAGCAUCCCCGCCGGCUUCGGGCUGGACAUUUGGACGCUGACCCUGGACCAAAUCGCAUCAUUUGCCCAACUGCUAUGGAUCAGCGCCCUGCUGUACUUUAUCAAGCUCACCUUCCUCCGCCUCUCCCUCCUCUUCUUCUUCGCCCGCAUCUUCAACAGAGGGAUAACCUUGCAAAUCAUCUACGCUACCAUGGCCUUCAACAUAUGCUUUGGCAUCGCCCUUACCUUCGCCCUGGCAUUCAGCUGCCACCCUGUUGACUACUUCUGGACAAAAUACAUUGACAAGAGCAUACCGGGCAAGUGCGUAAACAGCACAGCGAUAACAUGGGCUCAUGCUGUCAUUGGCAUUGUGCUUGAUUUCUGGAUGCUGUCAAUUCCCUUGUAUAAGGUGUGGAAGCUGCAUCUCCCGCUGCGAAAGAAACUCGCCAUCACGCCCAUGUUCAUGGUUGGCUUUGCGGCUACCAUGGUGGCGAUUCUACGCCUUAGGACUAUCCAUCGUACUACUGUGUCUAGUCUCACCAAUCCUACUAUGAAUCGUGUUGAGAUUAAUAUCUGGUCCAUCGCCGAAGUAAGCGUAGGCAUAAUCUGCGCCUGCAUGCCCACCCUGCGCCUCAUGCUCUUCCGCAUGUUCCCCGCCCUCUCCAAAGACGCAUCCACCUCGAACAAAUACUCCAGCAGCAACCGGCCCAGCAAAAACACAAAGGGCUCCAGCACUAAACACUCGACAAAUCGCAAAUACGGUAUCACGUGCGAGACGUCGAUUGACCAGGAGGAAUCAUAUUGGAAGGAGUCGGAGCAGAGGGGGAGUAAGGAUUGUGUGGUGGUUGAGGGGGACGGGGAUGGAUAUGGGGCGGCGGAUGUGAAUACCGAUGUAGGCAGGGAUGUAGAUGUUGUGGCGGUGACGGCACAGCAUGAUAGGAGGGGUACUGAUCCUGGGCAUUCGGAUGAUGAAGUGGAGUUGCUGGUUUUGGAUGAGCAUGGGCGCGCUAAGUUUGAGCCGUAG